AUGAAAGUGACUCCAAAGCAAUUACAACUUGGUGCUUCUGCAGCUGAAGAUGCACCCCAGCCUCUGCCCCAGAAGAAAGUAGAGAUCAAAGUGAAAGCAGAGCCCAAAGAGAAAAGAGUGCCCAACGCAGAAAAAGAGCUCGAAGACGAGGCAGCGUCCAAUGAGGAAGCAAAGCUCAAGCUGGAAGUCGACCAUGAUUUCAUGUCCACAUUUAUGAGUUUCAAGGUGCGAGCAGAGCAAAAGGCUACCACCUGCUUUAGUGCAACAUCAUCGGCAGCAUCAUCAGCUGCCUCAUCGACAACAGCAUCAGCCGAUGACCAAUCGCCUGGUUCACGUCGCUCCAAAGCCAAACGAUUGCUGUCCAAAAAAACCGUGGACAUUGCUGAGGCAUCCCCAUCCUCGUCCCGGCCGGACAGCGUGAUGCCUUGGUUUGAGCGCCGCUUGGAUCAGUCCCAGCACGGCAAUGAAAGAUCUCUGUAUUCCAUGAGUCGCGACUGGGUCUCUAACCUGCCGCUCAAUGCAAGCGCUUCUACCAAGAAGAACAGCAACUCCAACGGAGACUCCUCCAUUCCCAUGGUCAUGCCAGAGCAUGAGGAUGAUGCCGAAAAGGUUCUCGCCCAACAGCGCAGCGGCGAACUGAAAGUGUUGAAGCACAUGCCCAAGGCACGUGAAACGGAUAUGUUGCCCAUUCCGAUUCCGCUGCCAGUCACUCAGAACUGGGACCUAGAAGGAGCCAGCAAGCAGCAGCUGCUGGCCGACAAUAUGAAACGUUGGAAGCGUGUGCGCAACCACUGGCAGAAGCAUAACCAGGAAUACGAGCAUGCCCGCUACGAGACAAUUGAUCAGAUACUUAAAAUAAUUAUUAAAAAAUAA